AACGAGAAACUACGGCUCAAGGGGAUCAAAAACAAGAAGCAGACAGCAGCUUCAGAGAGCUAGUCUUGCGGCUAAGCUUACUAGCUAGAUCUUUUUGAAAACUUGUCAUAACUUGGUAUAUUCGGCCAAGAAUUUCAGUUAGAACACGCAAUUCAACAAUAGGCGUGCGUUGGCGUGAUUAGAAAAUACAACAACUUUACCCCUGAAAGCAAACGCUACUCAAGCUAACCAAAAUGGCGUGUGGAGCCACCUUGAAGAGGACUAUGGAUUUUGAUCCAUUGAUGAGUCCCACGUCCCCCAAAAGGCGAAGAUGUAUCCCGGUAUCCCCAUCAUCGUCAUCAUCUCCGAGAAAAUAUCUUCGUAUGGAACCAUCGCCAUUUGGAGAGUCGUCGUCCAGACUUACUGCAGAACAAAUCCUGAACAACAUCAAGCAGGAGUACAAACGCAUUCAGAAGAGGAAGCAUCUAGAUGGAAGUUACCAACACAAUGAAGGCUGCAACUACCCCUCAUCCCCAGACUCCCCACCUCAUACCUCAAUUAUGGGAGGAUCCAGUAUGCCAGGCACAUCCAUUGGAGGCCUUUCUCCAUCGAGGAAAGAGCAGCCGUUGUUCACCCUGAGACAAGUGGGGAUGAUCUGUGAGCGUCUACUGAAGGAGCGAGAGGACAAAGUCAGGGAGGAAUAUGAAGAAACCAUGACCACAAAACUAGCAGAACAGUAUGACACAUUUGUGAAGUUUACACACGACCAGUUGAUGCGGAGAUUUGGAGAGCAACCUGCAAGUUAUGUUUCCUGAGGGAGACUUAAGACUUUGCCAGGCGACUUUCUCUUGCUGCAAACUAUCGUGGAAAUAAAUCUCUGAAAUCAUCACUGCAAGAGAUUCAGUUAGCUAGUUAAAUGAAUCUUUUCUUACUGUGCCAUAUUUCUUCUUCGGGCAAAGGUUUAUACAAGCCGUUGUCAGUGGUUACCACUCUGUCGUAAGCAACUUAGGUGCUUCCUAAUGUAAAUGGACCCUUUCUCUCUAAACCAGUGGCCUAUGUUUUUCCUGCUGCACCAGUAUCUACUCUACUCUUACUUUUAUAAAGACACCUGGCAUUCCAGACAUGGUUAUUCCUCGUUUUAUUUCUUAAUGUUACAUGUAUAUAUGAUAAAGCAAUGUAGACAUUUUGUGUAAGGUUUGCUGGUUAAAUCUAUGAAAGUGGGAGAUACAAGUUAGUAUAAUUGAGGAAAAAGUUUGCCCAUGGUUCAUAUUGUUUGUAUUGGACACGAGGAGUUGGAAUUGGGUUUCUUUUUUUUUUUUUCGUGCUCCCUACCAAAACGUUUUAUUUAUUUAGACAUUUUUUGUUUUGCUGGUAUUACUUCAAAGCCUAUGUACUUAGUGGAAAAACCAAACAAUAAAGUGUUUUAAAACAUG